AUGACUAGCAAUAGGAAUGUUAUUAUAAGUGAUAGUGAGAGCGAAGAAGAUCCAUAUAGUGGUUCAAGUGAUGACGAUGAGGAUAACCAGCCAAUUGAUGCUGAAACUGAAGAGGAGGGUGAGGAGAGCGAAGAUGAAUUGGUGUGUGCCACUCAAGAAGAGCGUGAGCAAGCAAUUCUUCAACCGAAUACAUGGAUUUUAUCGAAAGACAAAAAAAUUCAAUAUUCGAGAGAUGAUUGUCCACCAGAUACUCGAAGAAAAUCAAUACCAACAAUUCAUAAAGUUUCUGCAUUUUUGCUAUUUCUGAAACCAAUCGAGACGAUUGUGCUUGAUAUGACGAAUUUGUAUGGUCUAAGGAAAUUCAAAGAGACAUGGGAAAACAUCGAUUUGGUCACCUUACGAGCUUAUUUUGGUUUGCUAUUAUUGGCGGGUGUUUACCGUUCGAAAGGUGAAUGCAUGACUGAAUUGUGGGAUGACAAGCGUGGACGGCCGAUAUUUAGAGCAACAAUGUCGUUGAAAUACUUCAAGUAUUUGAAUUCAUGCAUACGUUUCGAUGACAAAGAGGAUCGACUUGAUCGACUUGCAAGAGAUAAGCUCGCUGCGAUUCGUAAUGUUUUCGACAAAUGGAAUAAAAAUUUGCGAACAAUGUAUGUGGUUGGCGAUUGCGUUACUGUCGACGAACAAUUGAUUCCGUUUCGUGGCAAAUCACCGUUCACACAAUACAUCCCAUCUAAACCGUACAAAUAUGGCAUAAAAGCAUGGGCGUUAUGUGACUCGCGUACAUUUUAUGCAUACAACAUGCAAAUCUACACCGGACGUGAUCGAAAUUGCGCGCCAGAAACAAAGCAAGGCAAACGUGUUGUUUUGGAACUUACAGAUGAAUUGUCUGGCCGUAAUGUCACAUGUGACAAUUUUUUCACCUCGUACGAGUUGGCCAAAGAGCUGAAACAACGCAAGAUGACGAUCGUUGGAAGGAAGAACCGCAAAGAAAUACCACCGAUUCUAUUGGACAUGAAGCGAAAGCCACAAUACCAUUCAGAGUUUGUGUUCGAUCAUAAUUUGCGCCUUACUAUGGUCUCAUAUAUACCGAAAAAAAACCGGUGUGUUACUCUUUUGAGUACACUGCAUACAAAAAAAUUAUUGUACGACACCCAAGAAAAAAAACCGGAUAUCAUUCACUACUAUAAUAAAACCAAAAGUGGUGUGGAUGUUUUGGAUGAAAGGGUUGGCACAUAUAGGUGCAAGCGCAAGGUAAAUCGCUGGCCAAUGGCUAUUUUUGAGAAUAUGUUGGAUGUUUCGGUAUUCAACGCCUUCGUCAUAUUUACUGAACUCAAUCCCGAAUGGAAAGAAAGAGAGAAAAAAUAUCGUCGUCGCCUCUUUAUCAUUGAUGUUGCCGAAGAUUUGGUUAUGCCGUAUAUCGAGGUACGAAAGCGAACACCACGAUCUGAGCACGCAAAUGCCGUUGUACAGAUGAUUAGAGGUGUUCCAAGCGAUCCUUCCAGUUCAAGAGCAAGUGGUGUAUUAGAAAAAUUACCACCGGCAAACAAAAGAUCCCGUUGUCAUAUCUGUACAUCGAAAAAUAACUCGAAUUUGUACAGAAGUCGCUGUGACAUGUGUAAAAAGUACAUUUGUGCUCAGCAUUUCUUCAAAAUUUGUGACAAAUGCACGUAA